GACAAAAUAUGAUACUUGACAUUGAUGUAAAUCGUUUAAAAUGUGCGUUUCGAUAAGUUGAUGAAAUACUUAAUAUAAUACAUAUUGUCAUGUCUAAAUUACGGCAAAUAUUAAAACUAUCAUAUUGCCGGUUUUAUAGUGCUGAAGCAAAGAAGAAAUUGCCUAUAAUAUCAUGUAAACGACCGGAAUUCAACCACUAUGAGGGUCAAAGUUACAGCAAGUUUGAGGGUGUAAAACUCGCUUCUAAAGGCUGGUUGCAUUCGAGAUCGAAAAACGAUUACUUCAUUGUUUAUGGCAAUGCCAAUAAAAAGACAGAAACCGAAGAAAGAGAAGGUUAUAGGAAGAGUUUUGAUGAAAUAGGAUUGUGUGAUGAAUUAAAGGAUGUUGUAAGUCACUUGGGUUAUACUUUACCUACAGCGAUACAAGCUAAAUCAUUCUCUCCUAUUAUCGAAGGGUACAACACAGCAAUGACUGCUGAAACUGGUUGUGGAAAGACUUUAGCGUAUUUGUUGCCGAUCCUGCAACAUAUAUUGCAAUGGAAGUCACACGUACCAGAAGAGUUUAACAGUCCUAUGGCUGUCGUGAUAACUCCGAGUAGAGAACUGGCAACUCAAAUAGGGGAAGUGGCACAGAAGUUGACAGAAAACUUAAAUAUAAAUGUAUCAACUCUAGUCGGUGGUAAAACUAAACAAAAGAUGUUAAAUCCACCGGUAGAGUACUGUGAUUUACUCGUGACCACACUUGGAGCGUAUAGCAAGCUCAUCACUACUGGAAUCUUUAAAAUACACAAUGUACACCAUGUUGUUUUAGAUGAAGCCGAUACACUGUUAGAUGAUAGUUUUAUUGAUAAAGUAUCUAAUUUAUUGAAGAAAUUUAAUAUUCAUUAUAAAGUGGAAAUUAAAACGCCACCAAAAGGAUGUCAAGUGACAUUAGUGAGUGCCACUCUGCCGUAUGAGCUACCCGAAGCCGUCAACUCUUUCAUGGACCCUCAGUCGUUACGAACUGUGACCACUAGUAAUAUACAUAAGAUAUUACCUCAUGUGCCACAUAAAUUUAUUCGUCUCGGCAAAGCUCAAAAACCAGUUGAAUUAUUGAAAUUAGUACAAGCUGACGUUAACCUUAAGAGGCCUGUCAUGAUAUUUUCUAACAAAACAGCUACAUGCGACUUUGUGUCAAUGUUUCUUAACGAAAAUAACAUUGAAUGUGUAAAUAUUAAUGGACAGAUGGCGGUGCCUCUGAAACUAGGGAAGUUUGAUUUGUACAGGAACGGAAGUGUUAAUGUAUUGUCUUGUACAGAUAUUGCAUCGCGUGGUCUUGAUACUUUAAGAACUCGCCAUAUAAUAAAUUAUGAUUUUCCUCUAUACACAUCGGAUUACAUACAUCGCUGUGGAAGAACCGGCAGGCUCGGUUCAGCAGAUGACUGUUCUAUCACUAACUUUAUUGCUUGGCCCAGAGAGAUACUACUCGUUCAGAAAAUAGAAACGGCUAUCAGGAAAAACAAUGAAUUGCCAAAUGUGAAUGCGAAUAUUAAGAGACAAAUUGAGGCUAGAAUAGCCAAACUUUCGUCUGCUGGUAUUUAAUAAAAAAAUGUUGAAUAUAUUAGAAUUAGGAUGAAAUAAAUACUUCUUUGAAAUA